ACGCGACAUUGGGUCACGAACGUUACGGAGGGCAGUUAGCAUGUUGGCUAGCGGAGCGCAAUAAUCAUCUUCCGUCCUCUUUGAAACACGGCUUAUUAAAACGGAAUAUGAAAAUGAACAUUUUGAGGCCGGCGGCGCUUCUCUUCUGUGGAGUGGGGCGGAGCUCUGGCGGGAGCGCCUUGUUGUCCCCGCUGCUCGCCACUUGCCCCGGGGCCGAGCUUAGGCCAGUCUUCCAGCCUCUGCCCUGGAGUCACCAGCAGGCCCGCACGGUCAAGAGGGGCACCGAGUAUCAGCCCAAGAACCUGAAACGCAAGAGAACACACGGCUGGAUCAAGAGGAUCAGCAGUCGCGGUGGGAUCGAGGUCAUCUUGCGAAGGAUGUUGAAAGGACGCAAGUCUCUGAGUCACUGAGUGGGGGAC